AUGGUACACGAGCACGACUUCCGGGCUGUCAACGGAUAUCAAUGUUAUCGAGCAUCUCUGGUCAUUUGUGAAGUCGCAAGUCAAGGGAAAGACAUCGAUUCAAACGCCGCCUUAUGGGUUCACAUUCAACGUCUCUGGGCCACCAUCCUUGAUAAAAGCAAACCGAGGACCAACCAAAUGUCAACAGCGGGAAACGAUGAGGAGGAAGAAGCUGAGCAAGGAAAUGCGGACGUGAGCUCCAGAAGCGUUUACGAUUGCGAUAUUGCCACGAAAAUACCGCUCGAAGAUCUAAUAGCUGACGAAUCGACGCUGAAACUGAUGCAGAAAUACGUAGAAAAAGCAACUCACCGUCUCAGAAAUGAGUAUAAUCGAAGAUUCGCUAUCGAGAGUUGCGAAACAAUGUGCCUUAAUGGGAUUCCCGCUUUCUUCGACUAUAAACAAUCAUUGAGUUGUCGCAUCAACUCGUACUAUUUAGAUGUUUACGGGAAAGUGCCACUCAAUUUACCAAAAUUAUUGUAUGAUUUGGGGAAAUUCGAACAUAAAUUGGCGGAGGCACAAUAUUUUCUCUCUUCUUUCAAAUACGAUCGAGGAACGAUUCCUAUUCAACGCAACAUCUACGAUUUCACGAAGUUCUUAACGAAAACUCAUCGCCUCAUUCAACAUCAUCAAUGGGAUCAGUUGGGGAAAGUCUGUGCACUCGAGGAAAGCCUCCGAAAGUCAUGUGAAUUUAAGUUAACGAAAAAGUGGCUCUUCGCUUCGGAUAAACAGAAAUCUCGUCGCUACUUCGUUCCUCCUAGCAAAUUGAACACGCAAACGAAGAAAAUCAUGGUGCCAAUAUUUCUCAAUACUAUACUGCAAAGAGCAAUCGUCUCAAAGGUUUCUUCGAAGGCAAAAGGUCAUUUUGUUCUCCAACAAGCGAUGACGUUAAUCAAAACUCAUCGCGCAUGGAGCCUGGAUGAUAACGCUCUGCUGGCUCAAUUCGCUUACAUGGUGACGAUGACACUCUUCGCAUGGGGCGAACUCGAACUUGUUGGCUUGUUACUGAAAUAUCGACAAUCGUCAAUGUUGUCAGGAAAAAAUCAAAAAUAUAUGCUGGCAAUCCAGUUGAUGCACAAAUACUUCACAGAGAGGCCGACAAGUCAACAUGGAGUUAAGGAUUUAGCGAAUGAGCUUUUGGGAUGUGCUUCAGAAUUUGGAAUUGGAGACGAGGGUUCACUUCUUGCCGAAAUGGCAUUACGUGUUAUGGCUCAAUCUGGGCAAUUGGACGACGAGACAAGUUUAUCGGAUAUACUUGACGAGUUGAUGGAGAACAGCUCGCUUAUCACAACGACGAUUACCACGUUGAAUAGCUUCAAUUUGCAAGAUGUCGAGCAAAGGAUUAAAGAUAUGUUACCCUACCAGAAGCCGAACGUUCAUUGUGCCGAUGAGCUGUGGGUUUUGUGGGCGGAAGGCACGAUACAAAACAAUCCCGCGUCACAUUUGGAAAUCGUGCAAACAAUGUUUGCGUUUUUGGAUUACGCGGAGAAUCAAAAAAAUUGGAGAGCCUGGGCUGUCCUGAAUCGAGCUCUUCAAGCAACAGAAGAGACUCUGUGGUCGAAUUUGUGGCUGGAAAGAAGUAGCUGGUGGCCAACUUUUCAUCACUCCACCGUUGAUGAGUCGGAUGAGGCGACGAUUCGGAGGAAAAUUGUUCGUGAAGCUUUCGAGCAACCCGCUUCUGCUGUUGAGACGAAAUCGUCAAACACUGACCUUGUGACGGAAACGGAUCGAGCCGUGGAACGCUAUCUGAUUGAUGGACUACAUGCAGCUUUUCCUGAUCAUAAAUUUAUUGGCGAAGAAUCGGUAUCGGGUGGUGCGAAAAUUGAGUGGACAGAUGCGCCCACGUGGAUAAUCGAUCCAAUUGAUGGAACGACAAAUUUUGUGCAUAGAAUUCCGUUGAUUGCCAUUUGUGUGGGACUUUCGAUAAACAAGGAGUUACGAGGAGGAAUCGUUUACAAUCCGAUCACAAAUGAACUCUAUACAGCGCAGGUUGGAACUGGGGCCUUCAAGAACGGUUUUCCAAUUCACGCUUCGUCGACACAAGAGCUCUCAAAAGCGGUGAUCGCGAUCUCAUUGGGAAUUCACAACUUGAGAGAAUCAUUCGGUGCAAAAUGGACCGAUCUCAAUUUCGAGAAUCAACGAAAGCUGGUUCAAGCCGGAUUUCGAGGAAAUCGCUCGUUUGGGUCGGCGGCGAUUAACAUGAUGAUGGUUGCACAAGGGAGUGUUGAUGGGUACAUUGAGUACGGAAUUCAUGCGUGGGAUGUGGCGGCAGCUGCGGUGAUCAUUCGAGAAGCCGGAGGGACUAUCAUCAGUCCGGAUGGUUCUCCAUUCAACGUGAUGGGUCGUUGUGUUCUUUGCACGGGCACUCCACAACUUUCGUCGACCAUCUCGACCAACUUCACGCACGUCCAAUUUCAAGCCGAGGCU